AACAGUGAACCAAAGGGCUAAAACAAUUAUCCCCAGUUUUAAGUCUCCUUGGCCGAGUUCAGCUUCAAACGCACGCUCUCUGCUCAUUCCGCCACGCAAUAGGCCACCGCCGCCGUGCUUCUCCGGCCUUUGACCGACCUCUCGGAUUCCCAUCUAUUUCAGGAAUCGUUGACCUCAAUAGUUGGACGGAGGGGUUUUCGGAACUCUGGACACGAUGAGCGAGGUAUUUGAAGGAUACGAACGCCAAUAUUGCGAGCUUUCUGCGAGUCUUUCCAGAAAGUGCACCUCCGCCGGUGGCCUCGAGGGAGAGCAGAAGAAGCAGAAGCUUUCUGAGAUAAAGGGUGGUAUUGAUGAAGCGGAAUCUCUGAUUCGGAAAAUGGAUCUUGAUGCCAGGAGUUUGCAGCCCAGUGUCAAGGGCAUUCUUCUAGCUAAGUUAAGGGAAUAUAAAUCGGAUUUGAACAAUCUGAAAAGUGAAGUUAAACGAAUUUCAUCUGGCAACUUGAACGCAGCUGCACGCGACGAGUUGCUGGAAUCUGGAUUAGCUGAUACUCUCACGGCAUCAGCUGAUCAGAGAACUAGACUAAUGACCACAACAGAGAGAUUGGGCAAGACAAGUGACAGAAUCAAGGAUAGUCGAAGAACCAUGCUUGAAACCGAGGACCUUGGUGUCUCAAUCCUCCAAGAUUUACAUUCACAGAGACAAUCCCUUUUGCACGCCCAUGACACGCUUCAUGGAGUGGAUGACAACAUAGGCAAAAGCAAAAGAAUCUUAACCAAUGUGUCAAGGAGGAUGAACAAAAAUAAGUGGACAAUUGCCUGCAUAGUUGCUGUCCUUGUUAUUGCCAUCAUUGUCAUAUUGUACUUCAAACUGAAGUAGAUGAAGGUAUUUCUUGUUUAAAUUUUCAUUUUCCUUUUUUUUUUCCCUUGUUUUUGGGUGUGAACUUGCAGGGAGUUGAGUGUGAUGAUCAUUUUAAAGUCCUUGUGUCUUGACUUUUACUAUUCCAUGGAAUGUAUGAAUAAUGGCCUCUUUCUCUA